AUGUUCUCGUCAUCCAACCGUACGCGACACCAGGAAGGUAGCUUCUCGAAGCAUCGCGCAAGCAAAUCAAAAUCGUCCAAGAAGAACCCAUCGUUCAAGGAAUCAUCAAGAAGAGCAGAGAGACUGGCACAACAUGCUCAAACAUCAUCACCACAGUCCAACCAAACAUCGCCGUCAUUGGGAAGCGCGAUCAUCACGAUAUCAGUCGGUCGCGAACAACGUUUAUUCGCAGCACACGAAGAUGUCCUUUCCCACUCUCCCUGGUUCCAAGCCCUCUGCAACGGCCAAUUCUUCCAAACCACCAACAAGCGCAUCGACCUUCCCGACGAAGAACCCGAAGUCUUCUCUUCAAUCCUCGAGUACCUCUACAAGGGUGACUACUACCCCCGUAUGGAGUACAACAAGAAGCGCAACAGCUGGAACCUCGAAGACAACGGCACCGCCACGCAAGAAGCAGUCAUCCAAUCACCAACCGGUCCCGUACUAAAAGACACAGUCAUCUACUGCCAGGCCGACAAAUACGGACUCCAAGAGCUAAAGAAGCUGGCUCUCAAGAAACAAGGUCUUCAGUCUGGUGUCCAGUGUUCUACCGUCUUGACAUCUGCUCGUUACGCCUACGCCAAUACUCCAGACACCGACUCGAAGCUUCGUGCUCAUUAUCUUGCGCUCAUCAUUCGAGCUAGACACACGUUUAAGCGCAGUGGUACGAUGCAGGUUGAAAUGGAGAAUGGUGGCAAGCUCUUCUUCGAUCUCUUCGUUGCCAUGGUAAACCACAUGGACGACCUCUCUGCGCAGUAG